CAAUUAUUGUUCACAACUUACUAUAUACAUUUAUAAAAAAAAUCAGAAUACAUUAUUAAUAAAAAAAUAUUAAUUAAAAAUAAAAGAACAAUUCUAUGUCGCUUCCUCUCCCACCCACGACUGCUGCCCUUUGCGAUUUCUUCCUUCUCCAAUGGCCAACCACGGCCCUAUCCUCGGUUGAAUCAUCGUCACCAUCGAGAUGCAUCUUGAGCAUACCAAUCAGAAAACUCAUCCUUCGACGUUGGCGGGUGUUGCUUCCCCACCACCACCGGUGACUGCUCUUCUCCCCUCAAUUGAAACCCCAAAAAAAUAAAAUAAAACACCAAAGGGGUCAGAAUCCGAUCAAAAGCCUCGAGUAUGCAAUGCACCUUAACUUGGGUAACCGAAACGGACUCAUCUCCAGAAAAAGCCGCCCAAUUAAAAAAAAUUGCGCAGUGCUGGCAAAGCUUUUCAUCUCCCGCUCAAUCAGCCCGGCGAUCCCAACUUUGAUCAAGCUUCCUACAGGUGGUAUCGGCACUUUCUUACUCUGGGAGCGAAUGAGGAGGAAACGGGAAGAGAGGCGGCCGCUGAAACUUUGGUUGGCUAGGGUUUAUAGUCGAUUCUCUAGGGGAGAAGGAGAUGGUCGAUUGAGAGACAAAAAGAAGCGAGAAGGAGAAAGACAGGUGUUUUAGUCGAUUAAGAGUAGAGGGAGGGUUUCAUCAUUUGGAGGAGAAAUGCCGAAGGAGAGAUGGGAGGGGAAAU